ACCUGUACGCUAUUGGUGACAUGUCCCUCACGCAGCUCAUCAAUGUCACCUUCCUCCCAGUGGUCCUCAGCUCAUUGGGCGUGCUGGAGGUGUCGGACGUCGAGCUGCGCACCAUGCGCGACGCGGUGCAGUAUCUGAAGGAGGCGGCCGACUCCGCGCGCGCGCUCUACUUGAAGGACGACUCGUUCCUGCUGGCCGACUGGCGCUGGGUGACGCGCAGCACGCUCUUGCGGAACCCGCUCGAGGCCACGUUCCGCUUCCAGUCCGCCAUGAGCACUGGAUGCGUCGUGCGGCUUCGAAAGGUUCCCAGACACAUCGACACCUUGGCUGUCGAAAAUGUUCUCAGGAUCGAGCAGGUGAGUUACGCUCGACAGUACCGCCAAGGGAUCAUUCAGCGGAGGACCAAGUUGACCCUAAUAGCCGCACUUCAGUACCCAUUCGAUAAGAAAGUGUACUUGGACAUGGACAUCAUUGGUUCGAUCCUGGCGGUUCCAAAGUGGGUCAUCUGGCUGAAAGAGACCUUGAGCACGAUUCACGAGAAAGGGCUCAUGGAGGACACGUUCAGCGGGUCCGAGGUCAUGCGACGGCCACUGCGCGAGCGCGUGGUCGAGCUGUUCGAGCACGCGUACUACGAGGUGGUCAUCACCAGCUCUACGCUGGCGGUCGUCUUUGUGCUGUCCGGCCUCGUGCGCAUCGUGAUGGUGACUCCCCGGAGCAACGCCUUCAUCGGCGCCAUCGCCGUGGAGGCCCUGUACCUCACCAUGUUCACCACCGAGGUCACCAUCAUGAUAUCGGCGUACGGGCAGCGCAUCAUGAACAUGGACAACUACAACCGGCUGGACCUGGUGCUGGUCGCCGUGUGCAUGUUCAUCUUCACGCUCCAAUGCGGCCUCUUCAUCGUGAACCAGAACGACCUGGCCAACAACGCGCUCAUCGUCUGCUUCACCAUAGCCAUCUCGCUGCGCUUCCUCCAUGCCAUCAAGUACGCGGAGCUUUCGUUGGAGCGCAUGGCCGAAAUCGUGCACCGCUACCUGGACGCGAGGAUCUACGACGCGUACGAGAUCGGCCACGCCAUCGUCACCGGCGAGGAAGAGGUGCAGCAGAGCGUGUGGAAGUUUGUCAACAACGACAACAUCACGGCCGACAUCCGCGGACGCGCCACGCUGAACCGCCUGCUCGUGCUGCGAAGGCUCGUCGAGAUUCAGUCUCGCUUCCCUGGCAUCAUGGUGGCCUUUCGCAGUCGCCAGGCGAGCACCGCCAUCUUGGACGACGUGACCAAGAGCGUGCAGGAACACCAGGCCGAGGGGCUGCUGGACAGUGAAGCUGGCCAAGAACUGCUCGCGAUGCUGAAGGCGCGGCGCAUGCACGUCAUCGCCGGGCCCUGUAGCCUGCCGACCAGCUACAAGCCCAUCGCCAUGCUGCGCGUGAUUCCCUGGAUCGACUCGGACAGCGUGCGACAGUUCCUCGCGAUCCAAAUCCGCCCGGUCUCCUUUGCGCCCGGAGAAGUGAUCGUCGAGCGUGGGGAGGAGAACCCGAUCUUGCUCACCUACUCCGGGAUCCUCAAGAUCGAAGGCGAGUUUGAGAACCCCCGGAACGGCUCGCUCCCGAACUCGGUGUCGCAGCUGUUCUUCUACAACGAGGGCUACUUCCUGGACUACGUGAGCGCGCCCGCCUGUCUCGGUGUGCUGGGACUGGUCACCGACGAGCCCUCCAUCACGCGCGUGGUCGCCGAGACGCAGAUCAACGCGUACGUGGUACCGAGGGAGCGAGUCGUGGAGGCAAUACAGAUCUUCACCCGGCCUCCGAGCUUCCUGUACCAGAUUUGGUCUUACAUCGCCAGGAUAAUCGCCUUCAUGGUGCUACAGACGCACCCCAAAUACCAGACGUGGCCCCUGGACAAGAUCAGCCGGAGGCUGGAAUCGUUCCUCCUGCCCGACCUGGAACGCUGCUCGAAAUUCACUCUGACUGCGGAAAUAGAGGACGCCAUUUUGAUACAAGGAACCGCCCUCGAUCCCGAAACGCAAGAUUAUUUUGUCGCACCAAUCUACCUGCCAUCACACGCUAUGAAGAUUACAUUCCCGUUUUACCAAGAGCGACUGCGCCCGGUGAUGUUGAUAAUCGCCAGCAAGGGCUACAAGCUUCCGCCGGAAGUGGACUGGCUCCAGACCAAGGUGGACGAGGAGAAGCAGAACGAAUACGAGGAAAACUUCAAGGUGGUAAACACAACAGCGGAAAGGGGCGACGAUUUAACGGAGAAGGCGAUGUCGCACCGUCAAAGUAUGGACUUAUAUUGACAGAUGGCGCCAGCACCCGUGAAAGGACGAUGACUUUGUCUUAUAACUGUGUAUAAACUUGUGAAAGGACGAUGCCCUUGUCAUAUAGUAUAAUGUCAUAUGUGUAUAAUGCGAAUUGUCUUUCAAUGAUGACUGACGAAGGUCGACAUGUCAUAGUUGUGCAUAAUGCGAAUUGUCUUUCAAUGAUGACUGACGAAGGUCGAAAUGUCAUAUGGUUGUGUAUAAUGCAAACCUUCUUUCAAUGAUGACUGACGAAGGUCAACUUCUUAAUAUCGACAAUGAGUGCAUAGAUGUGCGUGGCUGAAAAGAAGCAAAAGAGAAUACUAUACUUAGAAUAAACA